GUAUAUGUGAAUGGCAAGGAGUUCUACCUGUUCGAACACCGUAUACCUCUGGAAAAAGUGUCAGUGAUAAACAUUGAAGGAGAUGUUACAAUGAACCUGUUUGCCUUCAUACAAAAGUGGAGCACAUCUUUAUUUGCUACGCAACUAAGGGGCUUCUUGCGUUGGUCUCCUUCCACCAUACAGUCGGAGCUCUUGCUUCCCAUCCAAAAUCCUGCCCUUCCUUAUGUGGGUCCGAUAUCCGGUGGACUCAGAGCAGGAACGGCCUUGUACAUAAAGGGAGUUGCUGGUACUACUGGUGAUCGGUUUUCAGUAAACUUCAAGACUGGGCAGGGUGACAAUGAUGACAUUGCUUUCCACUUCAAUCCUCGCUACAACUCGGAUGUGGUCAUGAACACUUUCAGAAAUGGAGGAUGGGAGGCGGCUGAGGAACUUGGCCCUGACAACCCCUUCAAAAUGGGAGAAGCUUUUGAGAUUUUUUUUGUUUUCAAACCUGAAGGAUAUCUGGUAUAUGUGAAUGGCAGGGAGUACUUCCUGUUCAAACAUCGUAUUCCAUUGGAAAAAGUGUCAGUGUUGAAUAUUGAUGGAGAUGUUGUGGUGAACCUUGCUGGCUUCAUACAAAACUGGUAUAGUUUUGGCUUUUUGCGCUGGGGCAUUUCCACCAUACAGUCAGAGUUCUUACUUCCAGUCCAAAAUCCUUCCAUUCCUUAUGUGAGCAAAAUUCCUGAGGGGCUGAAAGCAGGACUGGCCUUGUACUUUCACGGAGUUGCUGGCACUACAGGUGACCGGUUUUCAAUAAACUUCAAGACUGGGCGGUCUGACAAGGAUGACAUCGCUUUUCACUUCAAUCCACGAUACAACUCGAUUGUAGCUCUGAAUAGCUUUAAAAAUGGAGGAUGGGAGGCUGAGGAAUCUGUCCCUGACAACCCCUUCAAAAUGGGACAAGCUUUUGAGAUGUUUAUUGUCAUCAAGCCUGAAGGAUAUCAGGUAUACGUGAAUGGCAAGGAGUACUACCUGUUCAAACACCGUAUACCUCUGGAAAAAGUGUCAGUGAUAAACAUUGAAGGAUAUGUUACAAUGAACCUGUUUGCCUUCAUACAAAACUGGGACAGAUCUUCAUUUUGUAUGAAAUUGAAGGUUUUGGUGCGCUCAGCCUCUUCCAACAUAUUCUCACAACUCUUACAUCCAGUCAAAAAUCCCAAAAUGCCCUAUGUGGGCCCAAUUCCCGGGGGAGUGAAACCAGGCAUGUGCUUCUAUUUGCAGGGAACUGUUCCUAGUAACGCUGCUGGGUUUUCAAUAAACUUCAGCGCUGGGCAGGGUGAGAAUGAUGACAUUGCUUUUCACUUCAACCCACGACUGAACGCGAAGGUAGUCCUGAACACCUUCAGAAAAAAAUGGGAGACUGAGGAACAUGCCCCAACCAACCCCUUUAAAAAAGGACAGGCAUUUGAUUUGUACAUUUUCUUCACACCCCAUGGAUACAUGGUACAUAUGAAUGGCCAAGAACUCUGCACGUACAAGCACCGCAUGCCUUUGGACAAAGUAAAUACACUGUCGAUCAAGGCUGAUAUCACUGUUGGCAUCUGCGGUUUUUUGAUGGGUAUGGAAGGUGGUUUUAUGUCUUUUUCCACUGUUAAACAAACUCAGCCUAUUAUGGUAGGGGGCUGUAUUUCUGGCUCUACUCAGCACUCUCAUCAAGUUAUGGGAGGUGCUUGUCUUCCUCCACUCACUACUCAUCAUGGUUCCUUUCCUCAUCCUCACGGUCAUCCUCACGGUCAUGGUCACGGUCGCGGUCAUGGUCUUGGACAUCAUAAAAAGUGAAGUUUACACAUCUAAAUAUUCACAAAUUAUGCAUGACAUUGGCCUCGACAUCACUGUUAUUGAUGUUUUGAAAAUGUCAAAUAAAUAAAAUAAAUCUUAAACACA